UACAUAUAGUUUUCAUUUUUGUUUAUGUGUAAAACUGAGAGAAAAUUCAAAUAAACAAACAAACUAUGAAAUGUGCUUUUCCACUGCUGUGUGUCUGUCUCCCCCUGGUGGACAACUCGAAGAACCUCCUCGCACCUUCUCCUGUGACUCGCAGGACGAGUUGCCAUGGCAACUGUACAGCAUGUGUUUACAAAAACUCGAGCUUGACCGUUCACUUAUCUCGACUCUCCGACACUCGACAUCUACGACGCCAUCUUCGGUUCUAUUCUCGGCGCUUUCGACGGGGAGCGGGGACACGGAGGGCGGGCAGAUCCUCCGACCUGAAGCGAGAGCGGGAUCCGCGCCACGGUCGAAGAUGAGCGGAGCCAAAGCCCGCAGCGACGCGCCUGUUGCCGAGGAUGUCUCCGGCACUGCGGCUCCUCCGCGGGACCGCAAGCCCGGCGGAGGGGUUCUGAAGAGGCUCAAGUCCCGGAGGAGCCAGGUGGACAGCAGGCCCGUGACGGAGGAGGACCUGCGGACACAGAGUGGAGACAUCACACCGGAGGACGUGUUAGGACUGCGGGUGGCCACGCGAGGUUACCUCUGUAAGCCAGAGGCCAACAUUUACAACGUCGACUUUGUGCGCUUUAAGAUCAGAGACCUGGAGACUGGAACUGUCCUCUUUGAGAUCGCCAAACCCCCACACGCAGAUGAUGAUGAGGAGAACAGAGAGGCUGACUCCAGCACAGGCCGCUUCGUACGCUACCAGUUCACCCCAGCCUUCCUGCGCCUGAGGACCGUGGGAGCAACGGUGGAAUUCACAGUGGGGAACAGGCCUCUGAACAAUUUCCGCAUGAUUGAGAGACACUACUUUCGCGAUCACCUGCUAAAGAGCUUUGACUUUGACUUUGGCUUCUGCAUUCCAAACAGCCGUAACACCUGUGAGCACAUCUACGAGUUCCCUCAGCUGUCUGACAGCCUCGUCCGUCAGAUGGUGCAGUGUCCUUACGAGACCCGGUCAGACAGCUUCUACUUCGUCGACAACAGACUGGUCAUGCACAACAAGGCAGACUAUGCUUAUAACGGAGGACAGUGAUGUUUGCUGCCAGACAAACACUCACCCGAGACAUAUACAUAAACAUGGAUAUACAUACAAACACACAUGCAUACAUACAAAUGCACCCAUAGAGACACGGUUGAGUUAUUUAUGUCCGUAAAGAUGAAUUGCCAUUUUGCAUCACUGUCAUUUUCAGGGGUUGUGUUUUCAUAGUAUGUUGUCAAAAUGUGUUAAAUCUAAUAAUGAGACUGGAGAUUGUAAGAAACACAGGUGUCCUUCACUCACUCUAUAACUUCACCAAGUGCAUCAGAGAACUAGAAAGGACGUCUUUCUUCUUUGUUUGUGCAUAGUAAUGCUGCCUGUGUCCCAUUUGUAGUUGGAACUCCGAAUUUCUGAGGUCACAGAGGAACAGCCCCUGAAGUUCAUGAAACUGCAUUUGUUUCACAGUAAUUCAGUUUCAUUUGGUACCCGGAGACAUGUUGCUACAGUGUCGAGGUUGUUAUUAACUAGAAUUGCUAACAAUGGCUAGCCUGGGAUAGCUUUGCAAUCUGUAACGCAGUAAACUCUGAGGAGAUUCCUAAGCUCCGACUUCCAAACUUCCACUACAACACGCACGCUCUGGUUUGUUAGUUCAGAUUGAUGGAGAAACUCAUUAUUCUGAAUAUUCUGAGGUUACGCCAAACUAUUUUUAUUUUUAAGAUUGCUCUGGGUAACUUUUUAAUAUGAGCAAAUGUCUGUUACAUCCAAACUAUUGAGUUCUCCCAGUGCUGAUUAAGCCAAUCAGCUCCACAGGGUCCUCUCUUUUGUUUCUCAUUAUAGCCGUGUUUAGAUCUUGUGUUGCUUGGCGUAUUCCCUGGAAGUGAUUUGUUGACGACCACAAACAGGCUUGAGUUUCACUGAAGACACAAAGUAAUGCCCAUGAAAAGCUCAGAAAACCCUGUUUUUCAGCAGUUUGAUGGGAUCAAUGCUUCUUGUCCCCUCUCGCCUCCUGUGCUGCUGCUGUACGCAAACACUCUCUCAGUCAGGUCUGAUAGUUUUGCUUGACAGAGCCUGUUUACAGAUGACGGACUUAGCAUGUUUCUCCCCGUGUGCAUGUGGCUUUUCUCUGUGUGAUCCCGUUUCCUCCCACAAUCCAAAAAACGUGCAGAUUAGUUCAAUGGGACACUCUGAAUUGACCGUGGCUGUGAAUGGUUGUACCUGUCUAUCCAUCCAUCCAUUAUCUACCACUUUAUCCUCCACAGGAGGGUCGCAGGGGCGUGCUGUGCCAAUCUCAGAUGACAUAGGGUGAUAGGCGGGGUCACACCCUGGACAGAUCGCCAGUCCAUCACGGGGCCACAUAUAGAGAGAAAGAAACAUUCACAUCUCAAAUAUGGUCAAUUUAGAGUGUCCAAUUUACCUAAUCCCCAUAUUGCAUGUUUUUGGACUGUGGGAGGAAACUGGAGAACCUGGAGAAAACCCAUGCACACAGGGCUCAAACCCGGGUCUUCUUGCUGCAAAGGCAAGAGUGCUAACCACUACACCAACCGUGUGGUCCCGCACUCCUCUGUAUUGAGGCUUUUUCAUUAAACUGACAUUAAAUCUACUCGCCUGCGACCCUCGUGUGGAGGGUAAAGCACUAGUUGAGUGUUUUGUUUCAUGAAGACAAAAAAAAAUCACCUAAAGUUACGCACUGCAGCUUUAAAUGGGUAGUGUAUUCAAUUUCUGCUAAUAAACCCCACACACAAUGCACACUGGGCCUUUAAGCAAGGUCAACAUCAAUCUGACAUCCAAACAGAAGGCUGCUGUUAGAUUGGUACCAUAAAAAUAGCUGAUUAAUAGCUUUUUAAUCGUGGACAGAAUGAUUUGAAGGACUCGUCAUUCCAGUGGCCGUGUGUGACGUUUGUCUCCAAAACUGAACAAAAUGGUUAUUAGAUGAAUGCUUAUUAUCCUCUUAGCAAUUUUCAAAAGUGUCCUACCACCCACUCAGAAUACACACACACAGACACACACACACGCAAUCCCUAAGUGACACACAUAGUGUUUACGCUUUGUUUGUCAAAAGCAGCUGCUCUCAGAGCGACCGCCUCCACAAUCCACUCCAGACAAUAUCGGAGGAGAAAGAGAGAAACAUUCCUGUCAAACACACAUGGUCACUCCUGUGAUGCUCUCUCUCACACACACACACACACACACAUCGAUAUAGUACUGUAUAUGACUUUGAUUAAACGUCUCUGGGAUGUUUUUUUUUUGUUUGUUUUUUGGUAGCCACAUGGAAAUAGAUCAGGGAUCAGUUUAUUUAAUAGUAACCGUGACCAAAUAAAUAACUAAAUCUUGAAUGAUGGUUUAACUUUAUGUAAGUUUACAUUUAAUUAAAAAAAAUUAUAAUUGAAGCUGUAAAAGGGCAGGUGGAAUUUUCAUAUCAUGGUGCAUGAGAUGAUAGAAAAAAAAAUCACAUUUUCAAAUCAAUUAUUUGGUAUUCAGUGUGGAAAGAAAGUUUUGUUCGUCCCCUUUCAUCUUAGUUUAAUGACCUGUAUUUUGAACUUGUUCCUAACUGCUCACAUCAAUUUGUACUUUGGCAACUUCGGUGUUCAGGGUCAAAGACGGUGUUUGUAUGAAAAAAUAAUAUAUGUAUAUAUACAUAUAUAUACAUGUAAAAAGUGAAGAAAUAAAUGUACA